UCAAGUUUCAACUGACAUCCAAUUUACAAAAGAAAACCAGACCGCCCCUCCCCCAAAAAAAUGUCCAACUCACCUACAACUUCCAUUGCCUUCUCUUUACAAUAUCUCCACCUCUAUCCUCCAACUUUAUAUAUAUAUGUCUCUCAUCUCCCUAAUUAUCACAGAAAAACAGAUAUAUCCAUAUAAUCCUUGUUAGUUAUGGAUUGGUUUUCAUGGCUAUCCAAAACCGGCCUUGAGCCGUCUCUAGUUUACGAGUAUGGCCUCGCUUUUGCUCACAAUGAGCUUGAAGAAGAAGAUAUAAUUUACUUCAACCACGAGUUUUUGCAAAGCAUGGGGAUUUCCAUAGCCAAACAUAGGCUAGAAAUCCUCAAGCUUGCUAGAAAGGAAAAGGGUGCAAGCCCACGCCCCAUAUCAAGGCUUCUUGUUGCCAUGAGGAGGACAAAGAGGUGCUUAGCUAAAUACAUCCAUACAUGGAUUCAUCGCGAGGAGUCAGCUCUGGCGAUUGUACCGAGGCCUAGUUAUGGGACAAGAUGGAAGGGAGCCAUGUUGAAGAGGAACAAAAGAUUGACGAUGGCAAAGCAGGGGAGGUUGCUGCUCACAAAUGGGAGUCCGAGUCCUAUGGCGGCUUCCGGGCCUCCGCGUGUUGACAGUUUUUCGAGCCCUCUGGUGUGUGAUCUCCGCAAGGAGGAAAAGAUGAACGGCAGCGAUGACAGGUACUGGUUGACCGGUGUUGAAGAGAUCAGGUGGGAUACCAUGUUUCAGGAUUUGAAACCCACAUGAAUUCUUCCUCUGUUUUGCUCUCUCUCUCUCUCUCUCUCUCUCUCUCUCUCUCUCAUUUUGUCAUAUUUUUUGGUUUUUGUGGAGUUAAUUCAAUGGUGAGAGAAGGGUUUUUUGGGUUCUCCACCAGAGGGUUUUGGGUGUGUUUCAUAUAAGAAUUGUUUUUUAUAUUUUUCAUUAGCGGUGGGUGCUGCAGACAACAAGACUUUAGCACGAAAGGUCUGCUUCAGUAAUGAGAUUGUCUAACCUCCCCCGCCUGUUUUUGGAAUGACUUUAAUGGAAGAUAGAAAAAGAAAGCUGAUGUCUUUGUGAGCACAAUGAAAAGUUAGAUUCGAUGUCCAAUUCCACCCCA